CAAUAGAAACCCGCUGGAUGAGACAGCAAUGACGUGUGAGGGGCAAGUUCACAGUCGAGGCUGGGGAUGUGCGUGCACACACACACACACACACACACACACACACACACACACACACACACACACUGUAUAUUUAACACGUGAGCUCUGACAGUGGAGCCUCAGACACCUCAUCUCCUCGGCAGAGACCUACGCGCUUGACUCUUGCUCGGCCGUCGCCUCCGCCAUGACGCUUCUCGGCGCCGUCGUGCUGCUCAGCCUGGGUUGUCUCAGCUAUUUCUCUGGUGUUGCCACUGGGGCAGGGCAGCCUCUUUGCAGCAGCUACCCAGUGCUUCCCAAUGGCGAAGUUCCUUGUCCCAGCCUGGCUGACCCAGUGUGCGGCAGUGAUGGCGUGACGUACCCCACCGAGUGUUUGCUCUGCAGAGAAAUCCUAUGCGGCAACACCAUCUUCAAAAAGCACGAUGGAAGAUGUGUUCAGGUUGACUGCACGGGCUACAUGAAAACACCCCUGGGCCAGGAAGCUCCCUGCACCUUGGAGUACAACCCGAUCUGUGGCACGGACGGUGUGACCUAUGGCAACAAGUGUGCUUUCUGCUCUGCGGUCGCGAACGGAGCAGACAUUGACCAGAACCGUGAAGGAGAAUGUCCCCAGGUUGACUGCAGUGACUACACGCAUCCCCAUUCCUCCUGCACCCUGGAGUCCUUGGCCCAUUGUGGCUCCGAUGGCAAAACCUACAGCAACAAAUGUCAGUUCUGCAACGCCGUUGAAAUCAGUGACAGGAAACUCCACCUCCAGCGGUACGGGGAAUGCUGAAUGCCCAGGGGUGCUGGCUGUGCUGAGAGCGGCUCUCUUGCUCCCCCGUUCCACUAGCAAAGCCCUGCAUUGGAACGUGUUCUCCUCCCACCCCGUGCUCUGGCUGCUCACGGGGGCCUCACUGUUGGUUCUAUCAAUAAAGGCAGCUUGGCAGCAUUCUCUGCCUCUGUGUAUUCCUUAGGGGCAAGGUGCGAGGGCCUCUAAGGUCCUGGCCUUCAGGUCUGACUAUAAUAAACAUGAUAAAUCACACACCUGGGUGUGGGGGGGAACGAGCCGCAAGGGAAGGUGUCAGUGACUCAGCCAGAGGUUCGGGUCUGUCACAGGAGCGGGUGGGGAGGUUCUGUCACCUGCGACCUGCAGCGGCUCAGACUAGAUGAUCAUGACGGUCCCUUUCAGGCUUUGGAAGCUGAGACCCGCACGUGCAACACCAGUAACAUGCCCUAGGAGCCCUCUGAUUGGUGUUUACUGCUCAAUUCUGCAACAUGACAGCAGCGCACGUUCUGCUUUGAUAGAAACUUACUAAAACCAUUUCCUCCUCCCGCUUCGGCAUGUGGGGCGUUAAUUCUCGUCCAUGAAUGUCAGGCUCUUUACUUAAUCAAUACCUGUGUCUUACAGUCAACAAGCAGGCCCGUGGCAUCUUAGGGUGUGUCUACACUAGCCCCCUA